UGAAAAAAAAAUGAUUCGAACAGAUUUGAGACAUUUCUAUGAUAAUGAUGAAAAUAUUAAUCAUAGUGUCAUUUCGUUAAAUGUAUUUACAGAGACAAUUACAGAAGGUAUACAUUCAUUAAAAAAUCAGAUUGAAAAUUUCUGCCAAGUUUAUAAAGAUUCUCUGCCGAAUGACGAUGAUAUGUCCCUACAAAAUUACAAAAGAGAAUUACAAUUUAUCAAUGAUGCUUGGACUUCAUUCAAGAAUUCACUGGAUCAAAUAGAUAUAGAUAUACGUAGUUAUAAUGGUGAUAUGAGAGAAUAUACAUCACACAUUAGUAAACAUUUACGCUCUUUUGAGUUGUUACAGAAGCAACGAGAUAAUGUUAGAAAUAAAAGUAUUAGACUUCAAUCGUCAGCAGUAUAUGAAAAAGACAUAGCACCAUUGAACGAUGCGAUAAAAAAGAAUUUACAAGCUUAUUCUACACAUAUAAAAUUGUACAAUGACAAAGUUGAUGAAUUACAAAAACUGAAAAAAUAUUUGAAUCGAACAGAUAGUUCUUCUCAAAGUUCGAAUUUUAAUCAAUUAAUAGCCCAUUGGAAUGUUGUAUUAGAUAAUUUUGAACAUUUAAUAGGAUUUAUCAAAAAUGAUUCUGUGAUAGUUAAUAACAUGAAACAGGCAUUAUUUACUUUUGUUUCAAGUAUGCAAACUAUUCAAUUGAUUAAAUUGAGAGAAUUGGAGAAUGUUGAAAAUCAAACGAUAGAAAAUAGUAGUCUGAUUGAAAAUCUUCAAAAGCAAGUGUCUGAUUUGACGGAAAAAAAUUCAGAGCUAUUAAACAGCGUGGAAACUUUGAGAAAAAAUUUAGACGAACAGCAAAUAAUAGACUUAAAUAAUGACAAAGAAGACGAAUUAAUAAACAAGAAUAAUAAACUUAAAAAAGAAUUGAGUGCUUUUGAAGCUGAAAAUAAGAAACUCAGUAAACAAUAUGACGCUACUGUUAGAGACAACACAGUGUUGUUAGAACAAAUAAUCCAAAAAGAUACUAAUUUGCAAGAGGUCGACAUUUUAAAGUUGAAACAUCAACAGAAAUUAAAUCCACUUACAACAGAAAAAGAAAAAUUGAUUAAUGAAAAUAAUGAACUGAAGAAACUACAUGAUGAAGAUAAUGAAGCUAAUGAAAAUUUACUUAAACAAUUGGAUGAACAAAGAAAAACGAUUAAUCAGUUGAAUCUUCAACGAGACGAAUUACAUCAAAAGUUGAUGAAUGAAUUUGGAGAACGCAAGCAGAAAAUGCUGGAUGAGUUACGGUAUUUAAGAGAGCAACUAUCUACAGUUGAGAAUCAAUUGUCACAGAAACAAGAUCACAAUAACAGUUUAAUGCUUGAAUCACAAAAACUGCAAGAACAAAACAAUACUCAAGAAGGGAAAAUUAAAAAUUUAAGAGAAGAACUUGUUCGAACAAAUUUUCGUAUAAGUGAUUUAGAAAAUCAAUUAAAGACAUUACAGCAACAAACAUUAGCUUUAAAAACUGGAAAACAAAGUAGAAAUCAAAAAGAAAUCGAAUUGGAGCAAAAAUACGAAGAAGAGAAGAGUGAAAAUGAAUCACUGAAAAUUCAAAUACAAGAAUUAAAAAAUAAAUUGUUAGUUCAAGCUGGACCGUCAGCAGAAACAAGUACCAAAGUUCCUGAUGAAAGUCAUGUUGAUUGGGAAAAUGAGAAAACAAAAUUAAAUUUUAGAGAUUCUUAUGUUACAGCUUCCAUAGAUAGUAUUGAUGAAAAUAAUUGGAACACGUUACAAAAACAAAUCAAAGAAUUAAAUCAAAAGUUGAAUGGACUACAUGAUAAAUUAGCUACAGCAUAUACAAGAUUUGAAGCCGUACAAAAAUUAAGAAACAAAGAUAUAAAAAUUAUGACAUUUUCGGAUGAGAUGGAAAAUAUUAUUAAAGAAAUACGCCAACAGUUAGAAAUAAAUAGGCCUAUAUACAGUCAAACCUUAGAAAAAUUAAUACUUGAAAUAAAUACCAAUUAUGAAAAAGAUCUUGAAUUACAUAAACAUAGUCAAUCUGUUUACAUUAAUUUAACUAAUUCAAUAAAAAAAGAUUAUUCAAAAAAGGAAAAUAAACAUAAAAAAGAAAUUAGACGAUUGACUGCUAAACAAGAAACUGCAACAUCAUCGAUUAAUUCAAAUAAAAUAAUAAAAAAUUUAGAAAAAGAAAAAGAAAAAUGGAAAAAAAAUAAAACUGAAACAAAUAUCGCAUUGAAAGAAUUACAAGAGCAAAUAACUCGAUUUAUAGAAAGAUAUAAUGAACGAAAUGAAAAAAGGAAGAAGUUGUUAUUUAGUAUUCAAAGUCAUUUAGUUAAUAACAUAUACAGUGAUGUAAUUAAUGAACUAUUGAUCAAUCUUGAUAAAUUGAUGGAUUAAAAAUAUUAUUGAGUGAAAUAAGCGACAUUUCUGAAGAACAAUAUUUAUAUUGUUUUCAAAAAAUUAAACCUAAUAAAAUACACUAGAUUAUCUUUUUUUUUUUAAACUAAAUAAAUGAUGUAGCAUAAAUCUGAUGAGCAGUAGAAUCAUACACUUAAGUUAAAAAUAGAAAUUAUUUAGCAUGGAAUAUGCAAUUUCCAGUGACCUGUGAUCCAAGGGUCGUCGGGAUAUUGCAAGUUGCAACUUCUGAACGUAAUUGAUUUGAUCACGCUAAGUAUCCCUUCUUGGUCUGGUUCAUUAAGGUAAAUCAUUUUGGUAUAGAAGCGAAAGUGCAUCAAAUUGCAACUCGAUUUACUUCAGUCAUUGCAUUCGUAUUGAAAAAAUAAAGAUUAUAAGAAUAUUUCAAAAGUUGAGAGCCAAAAAGUUCUACAAUAAACUGAAAUAUAAUCAGUGUUUCUAAAUUUAUUUUGACAGUUCUUUAGUUUAAUACAGGACACCCUGUGGAGUCGAAAGUCAUGCAUAUAUAAAAUUUAAGGGAGUCAUUAAUACUGCGUAAUUCAGAGGGGAUACCAGUAGCAGAAAUAUUCCACCUACUGGCUGCAUUCAUUUAAGUUUUUUUUUUAUUUUCCAAGAAAUUCAUCAUAGAUUUUAAAACCAUCAAAAUUCAUUUAUGAUUAUAUAUAAUCUAAUCUUGAACAAACUAUUAAAUGAAUUGAAUUUGAACUGAAUACAUUAUAAAUAAAUGUAUGAAAUUUUUUUACCAAAUGAAACCAGUUUUUUAUGUACAUAAUUGGUUGAUAAAAGGGCAAGGAUUAGCUACAGUAAUAAAAUAUUCAUUUUAUUUAAGCUGAUAACUGCCAAUAAAAUAGUCACCUUAUAGAUUUUCUUCUCAUUAAUACAUGUAUUUGUUGAUCGUUUUUUAAUGAAGUAAAUAUAAAAAUAUAUCAGUUCUGCACUGAUUGGCGUAUACUCAUCCACAUUGUCGACACGACAUGAGAGUGUCUGUUCUACAUCUGCUGUUGAUGCAGAUGAUUCUUGGGAGUAGACAUCGGCCUCAAAACGAGUUGUCUUCAAUGUUCAAGAUUGACCUGUGCAUUGACUUUUGAAAGAUAAAAAGAAUAAGUAAAUAAAAAAAAAAAAAAAGAAAGAAAAGGAAUCAUGAAUUGAGGGUAGACCAGAGGCAUUCCUGCACGUCACUGUGUCCGCCCAGUGGCUCGACGAAUCGCAGGAGACUCUUAUAUAAUUAACCAUCAAAUUAUAAGUUUGGCUAUCGAGUACAUCCUUGGCAAGAUACCCAAGGAGAUGGGAAGAUGAAAAGAAAUAAAAGAAAGACGCCAUCACCACCGGACUAGAAGUAAUUACCCUCUGAAAGAGAGAAAGAGAGAAAAAUAAAAUAAAAAGUAAAACGAGAGGAAAAGAAAAAUCAUCAAAAAAAAAAAGUAACUGGCUACCUUACUUCAUCUAAGGAAUUGCCUGGAUGUCCGACGACUAUGCUCAUUUUGUCUUUUUAAUCAAAAUUAAUCAUGAGGGUCGUUUCUUGGCUGUAUCUUCUCUACACUGUUGGCUUCUGCACCUCUUUCCAGUCGCAAAAGAAUGAUUCCAUAAAGACCACGACGUGCGAAUUUUUCUCCCGGGCUUUUAAUAUCAUUUUAAAGACAUGGAAUUUACUUAAUAGCUACCUCCGUUCUUUUUUUACUGAAUAAAUUUCCAUUCCCUUGAUUCGAUCAAUAUCAUUAUCGUCAUUUUAUUAUUUUUGACUUGUUGAGAAUAUUAUCGUCAAUUCUCGUCUUCGACAAGAAACAUAUCAUUACAAAUGAUACGAAUAGAAUAGCUAAGUUUAUAUGUCCAAAUGUCGUAAGUUACAGCAUUUAACCCCUCGUUCUAGUACAAUUUGAUUAAUUAUCGAUGUAAUCAUUGAUUUAUCCUACAACACCCACGCUCGUUCAGUAUUUAUAUAGAAUGCCAACACUCACUAUAUUGAUAUAUAUAUAUAUAU